GAGGUCCCUUCAACCUUCCCCCCCUCAUUUGGCCAUCUCAUCUCUCUCUCUCUCUCACUCAGUAUAUGCACACGCCUGAUUUCUUUGCCUUCUGUACAAGCCCUUAGGUAACUCAGCUACGCUCCGAUUUCUCUGCUCGCUUAUCGAUCUAUCGAUUGUUAGUUGGAGGCGGAAACGAAGAAAUGGGGAUGUUCAAAGUUAGCAACGUUGAGACCACGCCAUUCGAUGGCCAGAAGCCUGGAACUUCAGGCCUUAGGAAGAAGGUGAAGGUAUUCAAGCAACCUAAGUAUUUGCAAAAUUUCGUUCAGUCAACAUUCAAUGCUCUUGGGGUUGAUAAAGUUCAUGGCGCUACACUUGUGGUCUCUGGCGAUGGCCGGUACUAUUCUAAGGAUGCAAUCCAGGGAUCAAAGGCAAAUGGGGCAUUUAUAUUGACAGCUAGCCACAACCCUGGUGGUCCCAAUGAGGAUUUUGGAAUUAAAUACAACAUGGAAAAUGGUGGUCCUGCACCAGAAGGUAUCACUAACAAGAUCUAUGAGAACACCACAACAAUAAAGGAAUACUUGAUUGCAGAGGACUUGCCUGAUGUGGACAUCUCUUCAGUAGGUGUGAAAAGCUUCAGUGGACCAGAAGGACAAUUUGAUGUCGAUGUCUUUGAUUCUACUACUGACUAUGUAAAAUUGAUGAAGUCUAUAUUUGAUUUCCAGUGUAUCCAGAAAUUGCUUUCUUCUCCAAAUUUUACAUUUUGCUAUGAUGCACUUCAUGGUGUUGCUGGAGUUUAUGCUAAACGUAUAUUUGUGGAUGAGCUUGGUGCUGAAGAAGGGUCACUAAUAAACUGUGUACCAAAGGAGGACUUCGGUGGAGGUCAUCCUGAUCCCAAUCUGACAUAUGCAAAAGAGUUGGUUGCGCGUAUGGGACUGUCUAAGACUCACACCGAAUCAAACCCACCGGAAUUUGGAGCUGCUGCUGAUGGAGAUGCGGACCGCAAUAUGAUCCUUGGGAAAAGGUGGUGUUUUACUAAAUUACUUCAUUACGCUGCUAAUGCUGUUCAAGCAAUCCCUUACUUUUCUGGAGGCCUAAAAGGAGUUGCCAGGAGCAUGCCCACAUCAGCUGCUCUAGAUGUGGUGGCUAAACACCUCAAUUUAAAAUUUUUUGAGGUGCCCACCGGUUGGAAGUUUUUUGGUAACUUAAUGGAUGCUGGACUAUGCUCAGUUUGUGGUGAAGAAAGCUUUGGCACAGGAUCAGAUCACAUUCGUGAAAAGGAUGGAAUUUGGGCUGUUUUAGCCUGGCUGAAUAUUUUGGCGCAUAGAAAUAAGGAAAACCUAAGCGGAAAACUUGUAACAAUAGAAGACAUUGUUCGUCAGCAUUGGGCCACCUAUGGACGCCACUAUUAUACCAGAUAUGACUAUGAGAAUGUUGAUGCAUCUGGUGCAACGGAACUGAUGGCUCAUUUGGUUAACCUGCAAUCCUCCCUUGAUGAAGUUAACAAGAUUAUAGCAGGAAUUCGGGAAGAUGUUUCGAAGGUUGUCCACGCUGAUGAAUUUGAGUACAAGGAUCCUGUUGAUGGCUCCAUCUCAUGUCAUCAGGGUGUCCGAUAUCUCUUUGAAGAUGGGUCACGAUUGGUUUUCCGUCUCUCUGGAACUGGAUCUGAGGGUGCGACCAUCCGUCUGUACAUUGAGCAAUAUGAGAAUGAUUCAUCCAAGACCGGAAGAGAAUCCCACGACGCACUUUCCCCUCUGGUGGAGGUUGCUCUCAAGCUGUCUAAGAUGGAGGAAUUCACUGGCCGAUCAGCUCCGACUGUUAUAACAUAAGAUCUCAUCAGCUUUUAAGUGCGAGUGUGUUUUUUUUUGUAUAUCCUAAACAAAUACUCCAUAUAAUAAUGCGGCAACCGGUCCUUUUGCCUAAUAAUACAGCAUGUAUAAACUACACAUGCAGAUUUUAGGUUGUGAUUCUGUCAUGUUGUAUGAUUUUUUUGUCUUACGAUUUGAGAAUCAAUAAGCAUUUCUCUGUUUUAGAGUACUGCAGUGAGAUUGUCGAUGUGGAACUAGGAAUUUUUUGUUGUAUGUCUAUCAAAUACGGAUAUGGGUAGAAUCUCACUCAUUAAUUUCUUUUAGAAUACUUUAAGCAAACUCAUGUAUCAACGUGUUAAUCAUUCUAGAGACAAUUAUUCUUUGAAUUCUUUUGUUGUGCCAUGGUACCACUCAGCUUCAUUGCUGAGCGUGUAGACUUUUUCAUCUUUCUACACGUAGGUAUGAGAGAGAAUAAAUGUGGAGCCUAUUCUGGAGAUUACUGAGAUGGAGGUGAUGCGUGGACGUGCACAAAUAUACUAUUUUAGUAAAUGAUUUUAUCACAU